UCCCCGCCCGCUGCCAUGGCCGAGCCCGCCGCCGUGUCCUCGCUGCCCCGCGAGGUCCGCGAGCAGCUGGCCGAGCUGGAGCUGGAGCUGUCGGAAGGGGACAUCACACAGAAGGGGUAUGAGAAGAAGAGAGCAAAGCUGCUGGCUCCAUAUGUUCCACAAACCCAAGGGGUUGAUCCAGCAUUACAGAAGGAAUCCAGACCUCAGGUGCCAGUUCCAGCUGCAACUCCAGCCUCAGCAUCAUCUUCCUCCUCCUCCUCCUCCUCCUCCAAAUUCCACCGAGCUCGCUCAGGGGGAGCCAGGGAUGAGCGUUAUCGAUCUGAUAUCCACACAGAAGCCGUGCAGGCAGCGCUGGCCAAGCACAAGGAGCAGAAGAUGGCACUGCCCAUGCCCACCAAGCGCCGCUCCACCUUCGUCCAGUCCCCAGCAGACGCCUGCACUCCCCCAGACACGUCUUCCGCCUCCGAGGACGAGGGCUCGCUCAGGCGCCAAGCUGCUCUCUCUGCUGCAUUGCACCAGAGCUUACAGAAUGCUGAGUCUUGGAUCAACCGAUCUGUUCAGGGGUCAUCCACAUCCUCAUCAGCAUCCUCUACACUUUCCCAUGGAGAAGGCAAAGGGACCAGUGGGUCACUAGCUGAUGUAUUUGCCAAUACUCGAAUAGAAAGUUUCUCAGUCCCCCCAGAUGUCACAGCAACUACCUCCACCCCCUCAGCACGGCCGGCAGCCAUCGACCUCCCUCCCUCCGGAAUUGUCAAGGGGAUGCACAAGGGAUCCAACCGCUCCAGUCUCAUGGACACUGCAGAUGGUGUUCCUGUGAGCAGCAGAGUCUCCACAAAAAUUCAGCAGUUGCUGAACACCUUGAAAAGACCUAAAAGGCCACCCCUGAAAGAAUUCUUUGUGGAUGAUUUUGAAGAAAUUGUGGAAGUUCCUCAGCCUGACCCAAACCAACCCAAACCUGAGGGUCGCCAGAUGACCCCAGUGAAGGGAGAGCCCCUGGGAGUGAUUUGUAAUUGGCCUCCUGCCCUGGAAGCUGCUCUGCAACGCUGGGGAACCACUCAGGCCAAAUGUCCCUGCCUGACAGCCCUGGAUGUGACAGGAAAACCAGUUUAUACCCUCACCUAUGGAAAACUGUGGAGCAGAAGCCUCAAGCUGGCCUACACCCUGCUUAAUAAACUGGGGACCAAAAAUGAACCUGUGUUAAAACCUGGAGACAGGGUGGCCCUUGUGUACCCCAACAACGACCCUGUGAUGUUCAUGGUGGCAUUUUAUGGCUGUCUCCUGGCAGAAGUGAUCCCAGUGCCUAUAGAGGUACCUCUUACCAGAAAGGAUGCUGGUGGGCAGCAGAUUGGUUUCCUGCUGGGGAGCUGUGGGAUUGCUCUGGCCCUCACCACUGAAGUGUGUCUGAAAGGGCUCCCAAAAACCCAGAAUGGAGAAAUUGUGCAGUUUAAAGGUUGGCCCAGACUCAAAUGGGUUGUGACAGAUUCAAAAUAUCUCUCCAAAUCUCCCAAGGAUUGGCAGCCCAACAUCUCAGCAGCAGGAACUGAGCCAGCAUAUAUUGAGUACAAGACCAGCAAAGAGGGCAGUGUCAUGGGUGUCACCGUGUCCCGUGUGGCCAUGCUGGCUCACUGCCAAGCCCUGUCCCAGGCCUGCAACUACUCUGAAGGUGAAACCAUAGUGAAUGUGUUGGAUUUUAAGAAGGAUGCAGGGCUGUGGCAUGGCAUUCUAACGAAUGUAAUGAACAAGCUGCACACCAUCAGCGUGCCCUAUUCUGUGAUGAAAACCUGUCCCCUCUCCUGGGUGCAGAGGGUUCAUGCCCACAAAGCAAAAGUUGCUCUGGUGAAGUGUCGAGACUUGCACUGGGCCAUGCUGGCCCAUCGGGACCAAAGAGACGUGAGCCUGAGCUCGCUGCGCAUGCUGAUCGUCACCGACGGGGCCAACCCCUGGUCUGUUUCCUCCUGUGAUGCCUUCCUGAGCUUGUUCCAGUGCCAUGGGCUCAAACCAGAGGCGAUUUGUCCCUGUGCCACCUCCCCCGAAGCGAUGACCGUGGCAAUCCGGAGGCCUGGAGUCCCUGGGGCCCCUUUGCCAGGCAGAGCCAUCCUGUCCUUGAAUGGGCUGAGCUUUGGGGUGAUUCGAGUCAACACUGAGGACAAAAACUCUGCUCUCACUGUCCAGGACGUUGGGCACGUGAUGCCAGGAGGCAUGAUGUGUAUAGUGAAACCAGAUGGGCCACCCCAGCUCUGUAAAACAGAUGAGAUUGGUGAAAUCUGUGUGAGCUCCAGAGCAGGAGGAAUGAUGUACUAUGGGCUGGCAGGGGUGACAAAGAAUACUUUUGAGGUGAUCCCUGUGAACUCCUCUGGCUCUCCAGUGGGGGAAGUUCCCUUCGUGCGCUCCGGCUUGCUGGGAUUUGUUGGACCUGGCAGUUUGGUGUUUGUGGUUGGGAAGAUGGACGGCUUGCUGACGGUGAGCGGGAGGAGACACAACGCCGACGACAUCGUGGCCACUGGGCUGGCUGUGGAGUCCCUCAAAACAGUUUACAGAGGAAGGAUUGCUGUGUUCUCUGUGUCCGUGUUCUACGACGAGAGGAUCGUGGUGGUGGCAGAGCAGAGGCCAGAUGCCUCAGAGGAGGACAGCUUCCAGUGGAUGAGUCGGGUGCUGCAGGCAAUUGACAGCAUUCACCAAGUGGGUGUUUACUGCCUUGCUCUGGUGCCAGCUAACACAUUGCCAAAAACUCCUCUGGGAGGAAUCCACAUCUCCCAAACCAAGCAGCACUUUCUGGAGGGCUCUCUGCACCCCUGCAACAUCCUCAUGUGCCCACACACUUGUGUGACCAACUUGCCAAAGCCCAGGCAGAAACAGCCAGGUGUGGGCCCUGCCUCUGUGAUGGUGGGGAACCUGGUUGCUGGGAAGAGAAUUGCUCAAGCCUCUGGGAGAGAUCUGGGUCAAAUAGAAGACAAUGAUUUAGUUAAAAAGCACCAGUUUCUGACAGAGGUGUUGCAGUGGAGAGCUCAAGCAACUCCUGACCACCCACUCUUCCUUUUAUUGAAUGCCAAGGGAACCACUGUGUGCACAGCCACCUGCCUCCAGCUGCACAAAAAAGCUGAGAGAAUUGCAUCAGUGCUGUGUGACAAAGGCCAUCUCAAUGCAGGGGACAAUGUGGUGCUUCUUUAUCCUCCUGGAAUUGAGCUCAUCUCAGCCUUCUAUGGCUGCCUGUACUCGGGCUGUGUCCCUGUCACCGUGCGCCCUCCCCACGCCCAGAGCCUGGUGGCAACACUGCCCACAGUGAAGAUGAUUGUGGAGGUCAGCAAAGCUGCCUGUAUCCUCACAACCCAGACCCUGAUGAGGCUGCUCAAGUCCAGAGAGGCAGCUGGUGCUGUGGAUGUGAAAACCUGGCCAACCAUCAUCGACACAGAUGACUUGCCCAGGAAGCGACUGGCCCAGAUCUACAAGCCACCCACACCUGAAAUGUUGGCAUAUCUAGAUUUUAGUGUAUCCACAACAGGCAUGCUCACAGGAGUAAAGAUGUCCCAUGCUGCUGUCAGUGGCCUGUGCAGGGCCAUCAAGCUGCAGUGUGAGCUCUACUCCUCGCGGCAGAUUGCCAUUUGUCUGGACCCCUACUGCGGGCUGGGAUUUGUGCUCUGGUGCCUUUGCAGUGUGUAUUCUGGACAUCAGUCAAUUUUAAUUCCUCCUAUGGAGCUGGAAUCCAAUCUUUUUCUCUGGUUAUCUACUGUCAGCCAGUAUAAAAUAAGGGACACUUUCUGUUCCUAUUCAGUCAUGGAACACUGUACAAAGGGACUUGGAAACCAAGUUGAAAUGUUAAAGGCUCGAGGCAUUAACCUGUCCUGUGUGAGGACCUGCGUGGUGGUGGCCGAGGAGCGGCCGCGCGUUUCCCUCACUCAUUCCUUCUCCAAACUCUUCAAGGACAUCGGCCUCUCCCCCCGAGCUGUCAGCACCACCUUUGGCUCAAGGGUCAACGUGGCCAUCUGUUUACAGGGGACGUCGGGGCCCGAUCCCACCACGGUGUAUGUAGACCUGAAAUCCUUGAGACAUGACAGAGUGCGUCUGGUGGAACGAGGAGCUCCUCAGAGCCUGCUGCUGUCUGAGUCUGGGAAGAUCCUGCCUGGAGUCAAAGUGGUCAUUGUCAAUCCAGAGACAAAAGGACCUCUGGGAGAUUCUCACCUUGGAGAGAUUUGGGUGAACAGCCCCCACACAGCCAGUGGUUAUUACACCAUCUACGACAACGAGACGCUGCAGGCCGACCACUUCAACACCCGUCUGAGCUUCGGCGACGCCGCGCAGACGCUCUGGGCACGCACCGGGUACCUGGGAUUCGUGCGGCGCACAGAGCUCACGGCAGCCAGUGGAGAGCGCCACGAUGCCCUGUACGUUGUGGGAGCCCUGGAUGAGACUCUGGAGCUGCGGGGGCUGCGCUACCACCCCAUCGACAUCGAGACCUCGGUGUCCCGAACCCACAGGAGCAUUGCAGAAUGCGCUGUGUUCACCUGGACCAACCUGCUGGUGGUGGUGGUGGAGCUGUGUGGCUGCGAACAAGAAGCUCUGGAUUUGGUCCCUCUGGUCACCAACGUGGUCCUGGAGGAACAUUACUUGAUUGUGGGGGUGGUGGUGGUGGUGGAUCCCGGAGUCAUCCCCAUCAAUUCGCGCGGCGAGAAGCAGCGCAUGCACCUCCGGGACAGUUUCCUGGCAGAUCAGCUGGACCCCAUUUACGUGGCCUACAACAUGUGAUGGCACCACUGAGGGAUCAGGGAGGUUAGGAAAUGAAGCUGGUGAAAAAUUACUAAUACUUGAGCUAAAGUUUGAAGUUGCUGCCACAUUCCCUCCCUCUCAUUCUGGGGGGUUUUGGGUCCUGGUAGGGUGAAGGAAAUGUGGGAAGCAGCAGCAAACUGUCUGUAACAAGUUUACUGAACCAUGAGCUUUAGAGAACUGCAAAGUGGGAAAAUGUGUGAGCUACAAAAUCCCCAAGGCCUUUACAGUAGUGUUACUUUUUCACCCGUUGUACAUAUUUGUAUUUUUAUCUAAUCCCGGGUUAGGAUUCUAUAAGGGGAGGGUUUAUUUAGUUAAGAUAAUAAACUAUUAAGAAAAGGGUCACCAGAAUUCUGCAGUUCCCUCCUCCAUGCUCUCCUUUGCAUCUGGAGCUGUUCAUAACCCACAGGAUCUUAUUGACAAUUGUGCCAUGACCAAAUCAAUAACAGAAUCAGAGUUGCUUAUUCAUAUAGAGAUUUCUGGAAUUUAAAAAGAAUUUUUUGCCUAUAUUUUAAAUAUGUAAAUAUUACUAUACAUAAUUCACUUAGAUAGAAAAUUAACUUGGCUAGUGAGGACAGCUGAAGGUUGAUACUUUUAAGGACAGGUGACUUUUGUGGUCCUCAGCAUCCUGGCAUUGGCUUGGACACAAUGUGAGAUGCUCCCACCUUGCCCAGGUGUCUGAUUUCGUUUUUAUCUUUAUUCUGGUGUGCAGAACCCUUUGGUUUUAAGGCACAUCUUUUCUCCAAGAGGCUGAGAAUUCAGCAUGGAAUGGGGUAGAAAUGGCAGAAAUCCCAGGAGGAAAUGAGGGACAGCCUCAUCCUGUGGCACCAGGUGUGGGAAGGAAAAAAAUUCCUGAGGUUGGCACCAGAUGUGGAAAGGAAAAAAAUUCCUGAGGUUGGCACACAAAC